GAAGCCAAGGUUAGAUUAGAAGUGACGAAGUGACAUCUUUAUAUUUUUGUAUCUGUUCUAUUUAUAUCUAAAAGAAGAUUGUUGUACAGCAAUGAGUGAUGUUAAGGAAACGCCGUGUAGGCUUUGCCUUAAAAAUAUAACCGAUGAAAAUUUUGAAGUGGUAGACAACAUUAUCAGAGACAUGCUAGAUGUUCUUUUGCUGAAAUUGAAAUUUGAUAACGAGAAGAGAGAGGUUAUAUGUAAAGUAUGUAGAAGAAAGUUAAGUAUGGCGUCAGAAUUUAAAUCAACAUGUAUGAAUACUGAUAAGGCAAUUAUUCCUUAUGUCGAUAGCGAAAAAAUGUUACAGCUCGACCUAAGAGAAGUGUACACGCAGGAAAAGAAAAGGGAGUUAGUUGAUAUUUCUUGCACUCGGAAAAUAUGUCGACUGUGUAUGCACCCAGUAGAAAGUGAGGUUAGGUGCAUACGUGAAGAGGAACUUGAAGCUAUUGAGAAAUUGGCUCCUGAAAUGAAUAUAAAUAUCAUCAAAGAUCCCGUUGUUUGUAAGCCAUGCUUCGAUUCUCUGUGUACCCAUAACAGUUUCCUUAAAGAUUGUUCAGAGUUAGAAGAAAAAAUUAAAAGUAACUUUGAUAGUUCAGCCACAGGAAGUCAAAUAGAUACGUCUUCACUUGAUAUAUUCGUUAAGACUGAAAACCUGGAUGAGGCAUUUGAUAUUAACGAUAUGGAAAUGUCCAUCAAAGCUGAAUAUGUGGACAUAAAAUCGGAAGUUGAGGAAAGGAG